CUGAAUGGUAAGACAGUGUUACACACCUGCCAAAAGAGAAGAAGAGGUCUUUAGUAUGUGAGCUGGAACUGGACUGGACUGGACUGGACUGUCCGAGGCUUCUUCAGACAAGAAUCUCUACAGAAGAUCUUUUCAAACUGUGACAAAGAACUCGUCAUUACAUCUCCUUGAGAUUAUUUAGAAAAGAAGAGUUAUUUACAUCCUUUCUGGUAAGUCAAGGCCACCGUAGUUAACUGAAGAAGACAAAGUCUCACCACUAGAUGUCACUGUUGCCCACAAAGUCAAAGAGUCUCUGCCAGGGUCUGAAGCGUCAGACCGUUCUGUCACUUUUCCGUUAUAGAGCUCUAGCAUCAGUCGUGCUGUUUUUCCAUGACUUCAUAGCUCCUCCUCAAAGGGGGCGGAGUCGCCAUAGGAAGAUUUAUAAAUAGAAUUUUGGGAUUAUGAGUAGGUUUUGGAACUAUAAGUAUGAUUUUGAAGUCUUUAACUUUAAAUGACAGUUGGACAUCGUUGGUUUUGAUUCUCGACGUCGCACUCGUGACUCGUCAGUGACGACAAACACCAAAAACAAUAGGUUCCAGGUUCUGUCACUGAUGGAAAAGCACAAAAAAGCCGUGCUGGAACUGUAGAAUGGAAAAGUGUCAUCAUUUAAAUCAUGGACAGACAGACAGACAGACCCAUGUGUAACACAUUUCAAAACAAAACCUCAAAUUCUGUUGUUGAUUCGCAAAAUUUCAGCUCUGUGAGAAAAUGAUUUGAAUUGGAUUUUCAAUUGUGUGUGUCCUCCUUUGCAGGCCUUUGAGUAUGAGUGUGACUGAGAAGCCAGUGGAGUCGGGCUCCGUCCACGUCCCCGUGGAAAUGAGCACAUUUGGGAAACCACAAGUGGCACCAGAGCUCACCAGCUCGAAGAAAUUGAGAAACCCCAUGACUGAGGUCCACAGCUUCUCCCACCUCCCACAUCGUUCUGCUGUGGACCUGGAGUUCAAUGACCUCUCGUACACCGUCCCUGAGGGCCCCUGGUGGCGGAGGAGAGGUAAAAAAGCCCUCCUCACAAGUCUGUCGGGAAGAUUCAGCAGCAGAGAGCUGAAUGGCAUCUUGGGGCCCUCUGGAGCCGGGAAAUCCAGUCUGAUGAAUAUUUUGGCAGGAUACAGGGAGACCGGCAUGAAGGGUCAGGUCCUCGUGAAUGGACACCAACGGGAGCUGCAGACCUUCAGGAAGAUGUCCUGCUACAUCAUGCAGGACGACAUGUUAGUGGCACACCUCACAACAAAGGAGGCCAUGAUGGUUUCUGCCAAUCUGAAACUGAACGAGAGUCAGAAAGUCAAAAAAGCUCUUGUGAAAGAGAUCCUGACGGCGCUGAAUCUGGAGGAGUGUGCUCAGACGCGCACCAGCUGUCUCUCUGGAGGUCAGCGCAAAAGACUCGCCAUCGCCCAGGAGCUGGUCAACAAUCCCCCGGUCAUGUUCUUUGACGAGCCCACCAGUGGUCUGGACAGCAUGUCCAGCUACCACGUGGUUUCUCUGAUGAAGUCUCUGGCGAAGGGCGGGCGGACAAUCAUCUGCACCAUUCAUCAGCCCAGUGCCAAGCUCUUUGAGAUGUUUGAUAAGCUGUACAUCCUCAGUCAGGGUCACUGCAUAUACACAGGCACCGUGUCUCACCUCAUCCCUUUUCUGAGGAAUGUGGGCCUCGACUGCCCAAAGUAUCACAACCCGGCGGAUUUCAUCAUCGAGGUGGCAUCAGGGGAGUAUGGAGACCUGAAUCAUAUACUGUUUGAGGCUGUCAGGGGUGUCCUGUGCUUCAGGGAGGGAAAAGAAAACAAGAUCUCAAGGAAAGAUUGUUCACCUCAUUCUCAGCAUCGCGGUGACAAAGGGAACCCGGAGAAACGGACGUUCAACACCAAUACGUUUACACAGUUCUGGAUCCUCUUAAAGAGAAACUUAGUGACCACAUGCAGGGAUUUGGUUCUGACCCACUUUCGGAUCAUGUCCCAUCUUUUUAUCGGAGUGCUUAUUGGCUUGCUUUAUCUCAAAAUUGGAAACGAUGCCAGCAAGGUCUUCACCAACACUGGUUUCCUCUUUUUCUCUAUGCUCUUCCUGAUGUUUGCUGCCCUGAUGCCCACUGUCCUAACCUUUCCUCUGGAGAUGUCGGUGCUUAUGAGGGAACAUCUGAACUACUGGUACAGUCUGAAGGCCUAUUACUUGGCCAAAACCGUGGCUGACGUACCAUUCCAGGUGAUUUGUCCAGUCAUGUACUGUAGUAUAGUUUACUGGAUGACCGAGCAGCCACCGGAAGCUGUUCGCUACCUGCUGUUCGUAGCCUUGUCCAUGUCCACAGUGGUAGUAGCUCAGUCUGUGGGUCUCCUCAUAGGUGCUGUGUCGCCAUCUCUGCAGGUGGCAACCUUCUUGGGUCCAGUCACAGCGAUACCAAUGCUCCUCUUCUCUGGAUUCUUUGUCAACUUUGACACCAUUCCCAAAUACCUGCAGUGGAGCUCUUAUGUCUCGUACAUUAGGUACGGCUUUGAAGGUGUGAUCCUGUCCAUCUACGGGAUGAACCGCACUGAGCUGGAGUGUCCGGACUCGACAUGUAUCUUCCAAAAGCCUGAAGAGGUCCUGCAGCUGCUGGAUGUGGAGGAAGCAAAGCUGUACGUGGAUUUCAUAGUGCUGGGGAUUUUCUUCCUGAUCCUCAGAGUAUCGACUUACCUGGUCCUGCGCUACAAAGUCAAGUUAGAGCGUUAACAACCAGAGGCAACCGACGGAUUCUUGUCCUGAUGGACCCCGAUCGACUUCACAUUCAUGCAGUCAUCCAGAUGUUGUGCUGCAUCAUUACCAGUGGUGAUUUUGGUCUGGAAUUUCUCAGACAUUCCUCUCAUACCCGCCCUUGCUUCAAAUCAGCCAAUGAGAAGCGCUCUGGGGCCCUGAACUUCAGGCCCCACUGCCCAGAUCAGACAUCAAGUGUCUACAGAGGAAAGUGCAUUCAUCAAAUGAAAACUGUGGACAUUUCAUUGGGGAUAAAGUUGAAUUUAUUA